AUUAGAAAGGUUUUAGAUAUGUAAAAAAGAUGUAUGAGAAGAUAUACAUGAAAACACAUGUCAACUAAAUAAGCGACAACUAAUAUGGAACGGAGGUACAAGUCAAUUUUUUGAGAAAUGUCAAAUACAUUGUAGAUGCGUGCGAACACACACACACACACACACACCAUCAUCCACAUCUACACAUUGCUCAUGAAUGCUGGAGUUGAAGGGCUUGAAGAAUAAUGAUCACUAAAGACGCAUCGGUAUCUACAAGACGAAAAAAAUAUCAGAGACAAAUAUAAUGUUAGGUUUCAUCCUGAAUUCCUGAUAGGUUAAGUGUAUAACGACCUCUACUACUACUAUAGUCAACCAACCGAAGGUGGUUUCCAUAUGGAAGUGAAAUUUAAAAGUGUGAUUGCGGGUAUCCUGUUACAUCAUCUAUCUACGCAUGACAGCAGUAUAAAUAUGUUUUUGUCCGUAAUGAUCAGAAUCAUUCUUUCAUGAGAUGCCGACGACUUUGCCAGGUCCUGGGUUGCUGCUGUUCAUAAAAAACGAGAAAGAAAGUUUAUGUGGCUGUGCCAUCCCUCUCGACGAAAUCAAAUACUAGUAACAUGCAAAGACCUGUUCCAGCAAUAGCUUAUACAUAUUCUGUCAGAGCACAUUGUGGCGUAUACGACUGGUAUGGUAUGACACCAGCUAUGAUCUGUCAGAGUGCUUAAGAAAACCCAACCCAACCUCAGAGAUAAGAGCAAGCUAACAACUGCUAGUUACAGAUUAGCACAUAUAGACGUACCUGGCCCCGGGGUGGCUAGCAAGUAGCAAGCGCAGGCGCACAAUAAUCCACAGAGAGCUCGUUAGCCAAGCAGAAGUAGUGCACCAUGGCAAUACCCUCCCAGCUGCUGCCAUAUCUCCUUGCAGCAGCAGCGGCGUUCUUGAUCUUGUCUGCGAUUGCGGAACAACGAGGACUAGAAGAGCAGCAGCAGCAGCAGCAGGCGGUAGUGGCACGUCCGCGCUGCCAGGACAUGUGCGGCAACAUCAGCAUUCCCUUCCCCUUCGGCAUGGGGAAGCCCAGGUGCUUCCUUCCUGGCUUCGAGGUCAUCUGCAACACCUCCUCGUCCGGUCGCCCCCGCCUGUUCCUUGCGUACAACGAGAGCGGGCCAGUCCAGGUGGUGAGUGCUCUGAACCACAGGUUCACCGCCCGCAACGUCACUGCUUCCUUUGUGAUGAAGAACGCCGUGGAACUCAUGGACAUAUCAGUUGCUCACAACGAGGCCCGGGCAUACAGGGCGGUCAGCUCCGCCUGCAGCACAAAUAGUACACAUUUCCGUGCCAAGUUCCAAUACACAAACUUGGGUGACGAGGGCCCGUUCCUCCUGUCGGCGAUGAGAAAUGUUCUCAUCGGUGUCGGCUCCAACGUCGAGUCCAUGAUGAUGACCUCAACCGGGGAGACGGGGAAUGAGAUGAAAGCGUACAUGCCGUCCUGCCUUUCCAACCUCAUGGGGAAGCUCAAGUACGCGACAGACGGUAACGGUACAUGCUCCGGGUUGGGAUGCUGUCAAGCUGCCUUGCCCCUGAAUGUGACUGAGUUUGGAGUCUCGUUCAUGCCCCGGCUCAACCUACUGUGGCAAACCAAUCCGUGCUUCUAUGGCAUGCUGGUGGAGAAAUCCUGGUACAACUUCUCUGUGCACGACUUGUAUGGCCGCGAGCUGUUAUACCCCAGGGGUGUACCCGUUGUGCUGGAGUUCGCCAUCAGGAACCUUGGUUCAUGUCCACCGGAAGGACAGCAGAAACCUCAGGGCUAUGCGUGCAUCAGCGGCAACAGCACUUGUGUCAACACCACCAGAGGCGAUGACUAUGUCUGCAAGUGCUUGGAGCAUUACGAUGGCAACCCAUACAUCAUUGGUGGAUGCCUUGACAUAGAUGAAUGCAAGCUCCCUGAUUCGUAUCCUUGCUGGAAUGGCGGGAUCUGCAGCAACAGGCUGGAAGGCUAUGACUGUCCAUGCAAAUCUGGAAUGAAUGGCAAAACCGGACACUGCGUGGAAAAUUUCCCUCUGCCAGCAAAGGUGAUUGUGGGCCUUGCUGCUUGUAUUGUUGUACUUGUCGUCAUGGUUAUGGCCCGUCAACUCCUGACACUCAAGAGGUUCUAUGAACAAAAUGGUGGACCAGUACUAAAAGGUGUAAAGAACAUAAAGAUAUAUAGAAGGAAAGAAAUGAAACAAAUUACAAAUAACUACAAUCGUGUCAUUGGAGAAGGAAACUUCGGGAAGGUUUAUAUGGGGACUCUAGAAAAUAAACAACAAGUGGCUAUAAAGAGGUCCAUCAAAGUUGACAAGAAUAUGAAGGCAGAAUUCACUGGCGAAGUUAUAGUACAAUCUGAGAUGAGACACAAGAACAUUGCAAGGCUCCUAGGUUGUUGCUUAGAGCUGGAUGUUCCAAUGUUGGUAUACGAAUAUGUAUCAAGAGGGAGUCUAUAUGAUGCUCUAUUUGGAUUGAGGCGUGUACAUAUCAUACCGGUAGAUAUGCGCCUACAAAUUGCUGUUGGGUCAGCUGAAGGACUAACAUACAUGCAUUCAGCAGGGGAGAGUACAAUCCGUCAUGGUGAUGUUAAAUCUGCCAAUAUUCUUCUUGAUGAAAAUUUCUGCCCUAAAGUCUCAGACUUUGGUACCUCGAGGUUGCUCGCAGGAGGAAAGUCCGAGAAGACUGAACGUGUCGUCGGGGACAUGAGUUACAUAGAUCCGAUAUAUAUGGACCAGGGGAUUGUUACACAGAAGAGUGAUGUCUACAGCUUUGGGGUUGUUCUUAUAGAGCUUAUCACGAGGAGGCCCGCAACAUACUCUAACAAGAGGAACUAUGUUACAAGCUUUGUCGAAGCGUAUCUAGACAAAAGAGUAAGAAACUUGAUUGACAAUGAUAUCACAAGUGAGGUGGAUAUUAAACUCUUGGAAAUGGUCAGUGGAGUUGCCAUGGAGUGUGUAAAACUUAAUCCCGAAGAACGCCUAGAUAUGAAACAAGUAGAGCAUCGUCUCCUCGAAAUUAUUGGUCAAGGUGUGCAGAAUGGACAAGGGAGAAACUACCAGGCAGAUCUCGGUCCUGCGCCGGAUGAUGUUGCUUUGCUCAAGUCUUGGGGAGAAUGAAGAACCUACAAAUGCUAAUACUAUGCAUAUUUGAUCUUGUUAUGUAAUGGUUACAUUCAUAAACUUUUAGUUUUGAUUGUUAAGACGAAGUACAGACCACUGCUCCUAUAUUUGAAGUACAUCAACACUAGUUAUACAAGUGCCCAGAUUUGAAAUUCGGACGUAAUAGUUUGUACCCACAAGUGUAAGGGUUGUAGCAGCCAUCAAUGGUAAGUAUUUUAGACAAAUAUAUAUUUAUCAUGAUGUGAAUCAAAGAAUACUGGCAAGACAGUAAUAACUGAGGUGUCACUCUCAAGUCUCAAUCAUACCUUUACUUAAUACUAACUCAGCAAGUGUACUAGUAGUCGGAUUUUUUUUUUUCGUGAAUACACAAAGUUUGCGUAUCAUUUCAUUGAUAGAAGAAGUUAAGAAAAACUACAGACAAAAAACUACUCCCUCCGUCCCAAAAUAAGUGACCCAACUUUGCACUAGCUUUGUACUAAAGCUAGUGCAAAGUUGAGUCAUUUAUUUUGGGACAGAGGGAGUACUACAUUAAGAGUAUUAGCCAAGUCUAGCAGCGCUGGCUGGGACCUGGGAGGCCCCAGGAAAUUCUCUCACAGGCAAAAACGGCCAGGAUUCUAAUCCAUAGCGCUCAUCGUCAGGGCUGUGACAUGGCCUUAGAAGCCACACAUCCUUCUAACCGAAAAUUCCGGUUUAUACCAAGCUCAGUUAGUGAAAAUUGGAAAACCGAUAAUUUGCACUCAGAAUCUGAAAACCGCUAAUUUGGUUCAGUUUCCGGUUUAACUGAAUCUGGAUGUGCAUCAUGCACAGGAGGCACAUUCGAAAGCGUUUUGACAGAGAUUGAGCACGGAUUUUGACAGUAUAACACCACACAUGAACAGGAUUAACAUGACACAAGAAGAUAACGAAAGGAACAUGAAAACGCGGAUAAGAGACAGGCAGUACAGUAAAGCAGACAUAAGUAGCAGUAGCACACAGAUGCAGCAGCAGACAGAGGCAAAGACACAGCACGCCGAGCAGCCAUAGUCUAAUCGAUUCAUCACAUUCAAUCAUCAAUUUCAAAAGAAUAGCAAGAACAGGGGCACGGGCAGCAUCAAAUGGAAGAGGACUGGGGAGCCGGAACGUACAUUGCGCGAUUUCUGCGGUCGUGGCUCGGGAGACCUGGAGCUGAGCUAAGGCAUGGCCGGCUAUGGUACGCCGCCGCGGUGAAGACUAGUCGGGAGGGAGGAGGGGCCUAGGCGUACUGGAGGGACAACGGCGGUCAGCACCUUGGCGGACGGCGACGGCGUGGCGCGUGGAGGAGUCUCCGCUAGGCGGCGACCACCGAAGGGAUCCCGUUCGGAUGCGGAC